AUGCCCAAGGCGCCGCUUCUUCGAGUUCCCUUCACCGACCCGCUGCCGUUGCCGAAGAUAAUCCCUACGAGCGCGAGCACGGCAAGUGGUGCUAUUGCAGCCCUGGUCGACUUUUUGUCGCCUUCCCUUACAUCCAGUACUGUUUCUCCCGCUCGAACGACGCAUACUCUGCGAUCAAAGCUAUCAACGCCCCAGGACCGUCCUCAAAAUGGCAGUGGAAAGACGCUCCUCCUCACAGGCGCAGGGAUCUCGGUAGCCUCAGGGCUCGCUGAUUACCGCGGCCCAAAUGGAACCUACACGCUGAACCGGACGUAUCGACCCGUAUACUUCAAUGAGUUCUGUGAGAACCACGAGUCGAGGAAGAGAUACUGGGCGAGGAGCUUCCUGGGUUGGACGAACCUAGAAAAGGCCAGGCCAAACAAAGCGCAUGAGGCCUGUGGGGAGUUGGGACGAAUGGGUGUUGUUGGAAGUCUCAUUACUCAAAAUGUAGACUCGUUCCACCCCACUGCGCACCCGCACCUGCCCACUACAGAACUCCACGGCUACCUGCGCAGCCUCGUCUGCUUGUCCUGCCACUCCGAAUACCCACGCAGCACGUUCCAAACCCAACUCUCGCGCCUGAACCCCUCCUGGGCUGCCUUCCUCGCCGAGAUGCUCGCGUCCGGCGCGCUCGACACGGAGAAUCCCGACGAGCGCCGCAAGCGAGGGCUCAAGACGAAUCCAGACGGCGAUGUGGACAUACCAGAUGCGCCUUAUACGACUUUCAGGUACCCAGCGUGCCCGGUGUGUCUGGAGAACCCGCCUACCAAGGCUGGUGGGGGGAGAGCGAGGGUACAGACGGAUCAAGAUGGCGCAUGGGACCCCAGCAGCGAAGGAGGCGUGCUCAAGCCUGCUGUUAUUAUGUUUGGGGAAAACAUUCCUGUAGCUACGAAGGUCGCUGCUGCAGAAGCUGUCGAUGCUGCAGAUAGGAUACUGGUCGUUGGGAGCAGUCUUGCUACCUACUCCGCGUGGAGACUUGUCAAGAGAGCGAAAGAUCUACACAAGCCCAUUGGCGUGCUGAACAUGGGCGGUGUGAGGGGAGAGGACGUCUUCUUCGGCGAUGUAGAAGACGCUAAUACAGGGAGGGGAGCCGUUAGGUGUAGUGCAGAUGUGGAAACGGUACUACCGCAAGUUGUCAAGAUAUUGCAAGAAAUGAAGAGAACGAGGUAA